UGAGCUGUAGAAUUUCUGAAUCUGUGCAUUCCUGAAGAUGUCUGUGACUUGGAAGAGGUUGAAAUGGAGUCAGCCACUCAACAUAUGGGAAUUGCCUACAACUAAUCCUGUACAAGACUGAGCAGCUAGCUUUGACCCACAUUUCUAGGCACAAAGAUGGAGACCCCAAUGCUGAAUUUACGGAAUAUCUUUGACCAACUUAUACGCCAAGGAGAAAUCCUAAAUGAAGGCAAUGAAUUACAGUUUAUACAGCUAGCCAAGAACUUCGAAGAGUUCAGGAGAAAGUGGCAGAAAAUGGAUCAUGAGGUGGCCAGGUACAAAGACCUGCUGAUGAAAACAGAAACGGAACGUAGUGCCCUGGAUGUGAAGCUGAAACACGCCCGAAAUCAAGUGGAUGUGGAGAUUAAGCGAAGACAGCGAGCUGAAGCCGAUUGUGAAAAACUGGAGCGACAGAUCCAGCUGAUCAAAGAACUGCUUAUGUCUGAUUCUUCGGGGAGUAUUCAGCUGAGUGAAGAACAGAAAUCAGCACUGGCCUUCCUAAACAGGCCUCAUACUUCUAUUGGAGGGAAUAAAAGAUUAUCUACAAUAGAUGAAUCUGGUUCAAUUUUAUCAGACAUCAGUUUUGACAAGACCGAUGAAUCGCUGGAAUGGGAUUCCACAGUGGUAAAGACUGUCAAACUGAAGAAAAGAGAGAAAAGGCGCUCAUCCAGACAGUUUAUUGAAGGCCCACCAGGUCCUUUAAAGAAAACUCGUUCCAUUGGUUCUACCGUGGACCAGGGAAAUGAAUCAAUAGUUGCAAAAACGACUCUCACAGUGCCUAAUGAUGGAGGCCCAAUUGAAGCAAUCGCCACUAUUGAAACUGUACCUUGCUAUAUUCCAAACCGCAGAAAGGCAGCCAUUCUACAACCUUGGAACAGUGAUUCAAGCCUGGGAAGCAAGAAGCAGGAAAACAAAUCUGAAACAGAUGGAUCUAGCACUCCUGGGAGCACUGGGAUGAGGCUACAUGAAUUUGUAUCAAAAACGGUUAUUAAACCCGAGUCGUGUGUUCCAUGUGGCAAGCGGAUAAAGUUUGGGAAAGUGUCCUUGAAGUGCAGAGACUGUCGGGUAGUGACACACCCAGAAUGUCGAGAUCGCUGCCCCUUGCCCUGCAUCCCUACCUUGGCAGGAACCCCUGUCAGAAUUGGAGAGGGAGCUCUAAUGGAUUUUGUAUCUCUGACGCCUCCCAUGAUCCCCUCCAUCAUAGUUCACUGUGUGAAUGAGAUUGAGCAGCGAGGGCUGCAUGAGACAGGCCUCUACCGAAUUUCUGGUUGUGAUCGUACAGUGAAAGAUUUGAAGGAAAAGUUCCUUCGAGGGAAGACUGUGCCCCUGCUUAGCAAGGUGGAAGAUAUCCAUGCUGUGUGUGGUCUCCUUAAAGACUUCCUCCGCAACCUGAAAGAGCCUCUCCUCACCUUCCGUCUCAACAGGGCUUUUAUGGAGGCAGCAGAAAUAGCUGAUGAAGACAAUAGUGUGGCAGCCAUGUAUCAAACAGUUGGGGAGCUCCCGCAGGCUAACCGAGACACUCUGGCUUUCCUUAUGAUACACCUCCAGAGAGUGGCUCAAUCUCCAGAUACAAAAAUGGAUGUCUCCAACUUGUCCAAGGUCUUUGGACCUACAAUUGUUGGUCAUGCUGUGCCAGAUCCCGAACCCAUGACACUACUGCAGGAUACAAAAAGGCAACCCAAGGUGGUGGAGCGGCUGAUCUGCUUGCCUGUGGAAUAUUGGAGUCAGUUCAUGAUGGUGGAACAGGAAAACAUUGAACCAGCACAUAUCAUUGAAAACUCAAAUGCCUACUCCACACCCUGCACACCAGAUGUUAAAGUGAGCAUGUUGGGACCACUCACCACUCCAGAGCAACAAAUGGUAAAGACCCCUUCAAGCAGUUCGCUCUCCCAGAGGGUCAGGUCUACAUUCAGCAAAAACACACCCAAAUUUGCAAGCAAAAGCAAAUCUGCAACAAGCAUUGGACGCCAGGGUAACUUUUUUGCCUCUCCAAUGCUGAAAUGAAGCAUGGUUCUAUACUGAAUAUCAUCCUGCGGUCCGAUUAUGAACAGCUGCAAUAAAACCGAAAUUGUUCCUUCGCUUGUUCCCAACAACAUUGCGUACUAGGAUCAACUGUAUACCAUUUUCAGUUAGAGACUUUUUUAUUCUGCAGUGUAUAGUAUCUAUUGCCAUAUUACAUUUAUGAGAAAUAACUAGCAAACCCCUAUAUAAAUAGGGAAACUGCAAAAAGUUCUUUUUUAAAUGUUUUCUGUAGCUCGGACAUUUAUCUCCACCUGUUCAAAGCACCCCAUUAUUGUUUCAGUUGUGCAUUGUGGUUGGAAAUGAUAUAUUUUUUGCACCAGCAGUAAUCUUCCUUGUUUCAAAGAACAGCUGUAAUCCUUGGGGGAAUGAGUGUUGUUCAUACGAACUUUCCCGGUUAGUCUCUCUUUAUUGAAACCAAUGACUUUUAAGUGAGUAAACUCAGAAGUCAUGUGAAAAAUGGAAAAAACCCAGUGUUCCAUAGUGCAUACUUGAGGUUCUGCCUUGUGCACCAAAGGAGGGCACAGAGUAAACAUCAGGAUCUUAAUCAAGCAUCUUAAUCUUCACCUGCAACCUUUCAGAAACCUGGCUUGGAUUAUUUUAACUGCCUAGAUUGCUGGUAAAAGCAUGUGUUAAGUGUGGAAACGUUUUGGUCAUGUUGUAGCCAUAGCAGUCUGGUUUUACCCUUGUAUUUAUUUUUUGUAAAAUCCUGGGCUUUUAGCAGGGUAUUUAAUGGAUAGAAGAUGAAUGUGUUGUUUGUUUGUGAGAUGCAAUGGAAGACUCAACCAAUUUAGUCCUUCCCACAAAGGUUUGUUUUACCAAUACUUGUAAACACAUCACUGAUUUUGCAAGAGUAUCUUAUUUUGUGUUGUGGCCCAUCAAAAAAAGUUAAAUUGUAUUUUAACACGACCCAUAUUGUUUUGCGGUUUAUUGAAUUGUAUUUCCAUAAAGUGUGUCAAUUUUCAGGUUAAUGUUUGCAAUGCUCAGUGUCGCCCCCAAAUGCAGCAGUGUUGCCAGCCCAUCAGAUUAAUAGUUUUGAACUUUCCUGUUUGCACAUAACAUUUUAACCAUGGUUUAGCACUAGCAAAGCGCCCCAGAAAAACUGGGGGCUCCUGUGCUCCUCCUCCUGGGUGGGCAGGACAAAGACUUUGCUAGCAUUUACUUUCAUUUUCCAGAAUCAUGGCUUGUUGCAUAUGAUUGUAGCAGGUAAUAAAUUCUGUUCUGUUUCUAAACAAAUAAACUUCAAGCCAUGGGUUUUGAAGCUGGCUUGUUUAACUAACCAGUUUGUUUUAAACCACAAUUUCUGGCUUGUAUGUAACAAGCCAUGAUUCUUUAAAAGAGAAUGUAAACACCAUCAAAGUCCUUCUGGCUUUAUGACAUAAGCACUAAACUAAACCAUGGUUUAGCAUUAUGUCAACCAACCUAUUGAUUCUCGAUGGCCAUUGUCAUCGUACCAUGUUCAGAGCACUGGAAGAUGGGAAUAAAUGGAAAGAACACCUGCAAUUCUUGUAUCUCAUUGAAAAAGGCUUGAUUAGGAAAACCACAUUUUUCCAGCCUAUGUUUGUUGCUGUUCAGUGCAAACUGUCCUUUAUCAUUAAAACAACUGUAGACAAGUCA